AUGGCCGAGCCGGCCGCGCCGCCCGCCGUGCAGUGCCGCCUGCAGUACCUGGAGGACGCGGACCCCUUCUGCUGCGCCGCCUUCCCCGAGCCGCGCCGCCCGCCCGUCCUGCCCGUGGCCGAGGCGCUGCCGCUGGCCGCCCAGCUGCCCGCCUUCCUCCGCCUGCUGGGCGCGCCGCUGCGGCUGGAGGACUGCGCCUUGCAAGUGCUGCCUUCUGGACACUACUUGGACCUGGAACUUUCACUGCUGGAGCAGAAGGAUGAGCUGGAAGUCUUCUACGAAGACAUCAGCAAAGGGAGGCGGCCAAUCCUGCUUCUGCGCACGCAGCUCUCGGUCCGAGUGCACGCCAUCAUCGAGAAGCUGUACCGUUCCAAGGGUCCGGAGCUGAGGCGUUCCCUCUUCUCCCUCAAGCAGCUUUUCCAGGAUGACAAGGACCUGGUGCCCGAGUUUGUGAACUCCGAAGGGCUGACGUGUCUCGUCUCAGUGGGAGCAGAAGCUGACCAGAACUACCAGAACUACAUCCUGCGGGCUCUCAGCCAGAUCAUGCUUUUUGUGGAUGGAAUGAUGGGGGUGAUCCAGCACCCAGAGACCGUGAGGUGGCUCUACACCCUGACGGGCAGCCUGUACCGCCUUGUGGUGAAGACGGCCCUGAAGUUGCUCCUGGUCUUUGUGGAGUUCACGGAGUCCAAUGCCCAACUGCUGAUCCAGACUGUGGUGACUGUGGAGCAGGGCAGAGGGGGGUUUCCGUGGUCUCGCCUUGUGGCCAUCCUGGAGCAGAAGAGCGGGGCUGAUAUUGAGCUCCAGGUGUUUGCAAUGACGCUCAUCAACAAGACAUUGGCUGCCCUCCCUGACCAGGACUCCUUCUACGACGUGACAGAUUGUCUGGAGCAGCAGGGCAUGGAGCAGCUCAUCCAGGCGCACCUGGCCAGCAAGGGCACGGACCCGGACCUGAGGCAGCAACUCGCCCUCUAUGAGAAUGCCCUGAAGGAGGAGGAUGAGCCGGAAGAGCCUCUGCCGGGCACCCGUGCCAAGGAGCGGCGGAGAGGGGACGAGGGCCGGCAAGGGGCCCGGCGCUCUUUCCUCGCUGCUGAGGCCCAGGAGGAGAACAAAGGCGUUCCUGCUGCUGCAGACACCUUUCCCAACCCUCAGGAGACUCUGGACCUGGAGGGAGGCAGCUGUGAGCAGCUGCCCAGCCCGAAGGGUCCCUACGGCAGUGCUUCCUGCAUGCAGCUCUCUGUGCCGCUGGCCCCCGUGGAAGGACCGCAGCUGGCUGGCCUGGGCGAGAGGAGCGUUUUCAAAGCCCGCUUUCUAGAAAACUUGGUUGCCUCCCAGAAAGAGAAGAUCAGCGCCAUCAGCCGUGGGCGAGCAGAAGUUCUUGGUGAAGCUGUUUCCAGCACUGAGCAAGCGGCCCCAGGAAGGUGGAGUGAAGGACAAGAUGGAGACACCAAAUGGAAAGAGCCCAGCUCAGAGCCUGGUUUGGAUCAUGAGGCGGGCAGGGAGAGCGCGUCCUCCAAGGAUGCCUCUCUAAGCCACCCCUUCAACACCUCCUGCGCCGUGGGCCCAGACCCAGAAUGUGCCCCCUGUGGCAUCAGUGGGGCUCUCGAGAGCAGCAGUGCUUCUGCGAAGAGAAAACUUAUGCUUGACAUGCUGUUCACUAAUAAGAGCCCACCAGGCAUGGAGAGGACGUUGCUCUUUGCGAGAGAUCCAGGCACGGAAGAGAAGGGGAAGAUGCUGCACCAGGAAGAGGAGGGCCAGGAGAGGAUGGGGCAACAGACUGACUCUCAGGCCCUCCCCUUGCAAAGCCAGUUCAGUGUGGAAGCUGAAACCAGCCUGAAGAGUCUGGAUAGGACCCAAGCGAUGGGGGGUCCACCGGGGCCUCGUGCUCAACCUCUGAAGAUCCAGGAUCUUGACUUUUCAGACCUGUGUGAGGAGGAGGAUUUUGGUGUACAAGAAGCAAAGGUGGCCGAGACAGCCUUGCCCCUCAUGGCUUUGGGAGCCGGUGAGGGCCUGGCUCCUCCCCUGAUUCCUGGUUGUGCUCCACCUCCUCCGGCUCCUCCUCCCCCAACUGGCAUACCUGGUCCCCCCCCUCCCCCCCCAUUCAGCAGCCCCUUUCCUGGGGGAAAAGCCAGCUCCCCUGCCAAGAAAAAGAAGACCCUCAAGCUCUUCUGGAGGGAGCUGAAAGACAUAGAUGGCCCUGCCAGGGAAACUCGGUUUGGGCAGGCUACUCUGUGGGCCUCCCUGGAGAAGGUCGAGGUUGACUCUGCCAAGCUGGAACAUCUCUUUGAGUCCCGGGCAAAGGAGGUUCCGAGUUCCAAGGUAAGUUCUGUGGACGGAAGGAAGCUGGUUUUGGUCCUGGAUCCCAAGAGGAGCAAUGCCAUCAAUAUUGGCUUGACGGUGUUGCCUCCCAUCCAUGUCAUCAAGACGGCCAUUCUCAGCUUUGAUGAGUUUGCAAUCAAUAAGGAAGGGAUUGAGAAAAUAUUGACCAUGGUUCCCACGGAGGAGGAGAAGCAGAAGAUCCAGGAGGCCCAACUGGCAAACCCGAAUCUCCCUCUGGGGUCAGCCGAGCAAUUCCUGCUCACGCUCUCCUCCAUUGCAGAGCUCCCGGCUCGCCUCCAGUUGUGGGCUUUCAAGCUGGACUACGAAGCCCUGGAGAAGGAAAUUGUAGAGCCCCUCUUCGAUCUGAAGCUGGGCAUGGAGCAGCUAACCAAAAACCAGACCUUCAGGCGUAUUCUGGCUACCCUUCUGGCCAUGGGCAACCUCCUGAAUGGCUCCCAGAGUCGAGGGUUUGAGCUCAGCUACCUGGCCAAAGUGUCAGAGGUAAAAGACACCGUCCACCGGCAAAGCCUCCUGCACCACCUGUGCCACUUUGUGGCAGUGGAGUUCCCAGCCACCACAGACCUCUACUCAGAGAUUGCUGCCCUCACUCGCUGUGCCAAGGUGGAUUUUGGGGAGCUGGCAGAAAGUGUCCUGCAGCUGGAACGGCGAUGCAAGGCCUCUUGGGAGCACCUGAAGGCCAUUGCAAGACACGAUUGCAAGCCAGCACUCAAGAACAAGCUGCUGGAUUUUCUACAGGCCAGCACAGAGAAGAUUGGCCUCCUUAAGAUCAUCCACCGGCGGGUGUUGAACAGGUUCCACUCCUUUCUCCUGUUCCUGGGCUACGAUGCACACUCGGCACAGAACAUGAGGGUUACCAGCUUCUGCCGGCUUCUGCGGGAGUUUGCCCUGGAGUACCAUACCUGCCGAGAGCGUGUCCUGCAGCAGCAGAAGAAGCGGGCAGCCUGUCGGGAGAGGAACAAGACACGGGGCAGGAUGAUUACUGAGAUGGAGAAGUUUGCUGUGGCUGGCAAGACCGAAGAUGACUCAGCUCCUCCUGCUGUGUUGUCAGCCAGCCCGGAGCAAAAGGAAGAAGCCAGCCAUAAAGACUUGACCAGCUUGCUUGUCUCCCCAGCAGAAGGCCCUGGCCACCGCUCUCGCGCCAGCAGAGGUGCUGGGAAGCAGAGUCCCGCUGGUGGGUCCACCCUCCAGGAGGAGGCUGCUGGAUCGCCUGAGGAUGCUUCUGAGGAGAUCAUGAACCGCCUGGUCAAGUCUGUGACCCAGAGGUCUCCUGCACGCUCAGGCCCGGCGAAGGAGCGCCGGCGAUCACGCGGGAACAGGAAGUCCUUGAGGCGGACCCUGAAGAGCGGCCUGAGUGAGGAGCUGGUGCAGGCCCUGGGCCUGGCACCCUCGGCCAGCGUGUCCGUGUGA